AAAAGAAAGAAGAGAAUGCUAGAAGCAGCUUUUGAUGGUGAUGUUGGAGUAAUAAAACAGAUAUUGAAAGAGGUAUCAAAUUAUCCCAGAUUUAGAUGAUACUGACAAAAUUCAGGUUUACCAGAUACUUGUAGGGCAGACUGAGGUAUCAUAAACAUAUUUAAAUAAGAAUAUAAUUUUUAUAUGUGUUUACAGUUUUGUGUCAUUAAAAAAGCUUAAUGUCAAAUAUUGCCAUUGAUGAUUUCUACCAAAAGAAAACCAAACUUUAAAGACAUUAUUUGAACUAAAAUAAAAUUUGAUUACACUGAAGACAGCUUUGUCAGCUGGUAAAGUCAGUAAGACAAAGGAGAAGUAAGUCGAUGAUCUAAUCCUAAUAACAUCAGAUAUGUACAGCAGUAAAGUUGUCACAUGACUUAAUUAGAUUUAAAAAUUUUAAACUUUAUAACACGGUAAAGAUAUAUUAAAAAUAAGACAUAGAUGAAGUUUUGUAUUAUGUUAUUCAGUGUCUACAAAGUACGACUUAUUUAACAUUCACUUAAAUUUAAGUAUACUUUUUAUAAAUUAAAUUAUAUUUCUGUUAAUAAUUUAAUAAUGUUACUAUUUUUAUAACUUUAUAAUCAGGCAUAUAAAAUGUACUAUUCAUUUUUUUAAUCUUAAAGUCUAAUUGGUGAUGGAAUUCAAUUUCACAAAUAUUUGGACAUGUUGAAGGUUUCAGACAUUGAUGACAAAAAUGGAUUAGGCAAUGAUGUCAUUGGCAGGUCAUUACGUACUAAACACAUCAUGGCUCUUGUAGAAUGUGAAGAUCCGAAUGGAAACUCAGCACUGUCAGAAGCUGCUAGU